UCGGAAAGAGAGACGGUGUGCCGCUUGGACCGAUCGAACUUCUCUCCGUCACCCGCGACUCGGCAUCAACUCAGCAGGCGCCGGGCAUAUCAUUCGGAGCGCAUAUAUUCACUUGAAAAUGGGGAAGAAGCCUGCGAAUGCAAGGGGGAGAGGAGGGAGGGGACGGGGACGCGGAAGAGGGGGCGGGGGGCAUGCUGGUCAUCAUGCGCGCCACCAGCUGGGUAUAAAUGAGCGGCCGGACAGCGCUAUAGACGAUGUUGCAGGGCAAGAGGAGGAGGAGGGAAGCGGGUCAGAUGGAGGUGGGCUUUCUGUCAGCCUUUUUGUAUGCAUAUGAAUGAAUACGCAGACGAACAGGUUACGAUUGACGUGCCAGUCGCUAUGUGGGACUUCGACCACUGCGAUCCCAAACGAUGCUCGGGCAAGAAGCUGUCUCGACUGGGCCUGAUCAAGGAGCUUAAGGUGCCAUCGAAGUUCAGAGGCAUCGUCGUAUCUCCAAAGGCCUCGCAAGUGGUAGCGCCAUGCGACAGAGAUAUAGUACUCAAGGGCGGCGUUGCCGUAGUUGAAUGCUCGUGGGCGCGCCUAGACGACGUCCCAUUCAACAAGAUCGCAAGCCCGCACGAGCGUUUACUACCCUACCUCAUUGCGAGCAAUCCCGUAAAUUACGGCAAACCGUGGCGGCUGAACUGCGUCGAGGCCCUCGCCGCCGCUUUCUACAUCACCGGGUUUGACGAAUACGCGGAGCGCUUGCUGAGCGGCUUUGGAUGGGGGGCGUCGUUCUGGAAGGUCAACAAGUCGUUGAUCGAGCAGUACCGACGGUGCAAUACCGCUGAAGAGGUAUCGCGGAAGCAGGACGAAAUCAUCGCUCAGCUGGAUGCGAGCUGGGCACAGUCUCGGAAAGAACGGGGUAGGAACGAGGAGGGUGACGAUCUAUUGGUCGCAAACCCGAACCAUCAGCAGUGGGAUACACUUAGCGACAACGACGAGCCUCCAGACUCGUCGGAUGAGUCAGAUGCAGCGACUUCCGGUCGAUAG